UCACUUCACAAUAUCACCUGCCUUCAACAAUGUACUUACAAAAACCUGCAUCUCCACAACUGCUCAGAGACGACUGGAAGCAAUUGCUCUGUAAUCAACAAAGUGAUAUGUGGACAUGGUUUCUGCAGAGCGGCAGGGUUUGAUUAAAUAAUCACCUCUGAGUUUUGGGCGGGACUCUUGGCACGGAAUAAGCCCACUCCAAACAAAGACCUUCAUGGAUCUAUUCGUCUUCAAGUGGAUGCAUCAGAAUUGAGCGGAGAGGGGACCUUGUGGUCCACUUAAUUUUUCAUCUUUUCCUGAUUCACAGUGAUUUGAAUAAAAAAAAUUCUAUAAAAUACAAUUUUCAGAUGAAUUUUCUAUAAAUAUGUCCUCAAUCAUCAAAAAAUUGCACAAGUUCAUGUUAAAAACAUAAAAAGAAAAACAAUUUUCAUCAGAUUUUUUAAAACUUUAUGUAGAUUAGGGAACAUUGGAUUUGGGGUCAUGUUCAUUGUUUGUUUCUAACAGUGAUCGUUUCCAGCCAUUAAAAACACAGAGGUUCUGAUUUCAGGUCACCAGCCUGUGCGUCUGGCUGGAGGCUCCGACCGCUGCGCCGGACGGGUGGAGGUGUGGCAAAAUGAUAUGUGGGGCACGGUGUGUGACGACCAGUGGGACCUGAGGGAUGCCGAUGUAGUGUGCGCCCAGCAUGGCUGCGGCUACGCGCUCAAUGUUACGGGUCAGGGUGGGCAGUUUGCUCCCGGCAGAGGACCCAUCCACCUGGACGAGCUGAACUGUACUGGCAGAGAGGAGAACCUGUGGGCUUGUCCAUCUGCUGGAAAUGAGAAUGACUGCGGUCAUAAAGAAGAUGCUGGAGUCACAUGCUCAGAGAUGAGGGCCAUCAGACUAACGGGGGGUCUGGACCGCUGCGCCGGUAAGGUGGAGAUCCACCGUAAUGGCAGCUGGGGGAGUCUGUGUGACAACGCCUGGAAUAUUCACCUGGCCACCAUGGUGUGCUCCAUGCUGCAGUGCGGUGGUGGAGCAAAGCCAGAGAAAUUUUCACGAAUUGCUUCUUUCACCCACAACAACGCCACACCAAAAUACUUCUAUGUCUGCCCGCAAACUGCCACAAGUCUGUGGCAGUGCCAGGAAAUCUACACCAAUCCUUUUCUGUGCAUGGGCUCACAACCUUCAGGUGUCAUCUGUAAUGGUUCCCUCGGUCUUCCUGUGUCCAUCACUUUCUCCGAAAAUGAGGUGACCAGCAGAACAACAACAGAAACUACUUUCGUCACCACAGCUGGAAGCUAUGAAUCACAGUCUAUAGAGCUUCUCAGCACCAUCUCUCUGUCCGUUUUGCUCUUUGUGUUUCUCAUCGUAAAUACUGUCCUCUGCUGCCUCUACAAACGAAGACAUGCUUUCCUCCUGAAGGAGAUUCGCUCCAACCCUCGAUCUCCCACUGAACAUCCUCAAAACAGGCACAAAGAGGCCGUGAGCCUCGUUAAAGUCACAAACAACCCUCAGCAAAUGGAUGACCCCUCCAGCCCCAGGUACAUUGGGACCCAGUUUAGUAGUGUUUACAGCCCAUCAGUAGAAACAGACUAUGAGAACUAUGACCCAGGCAUUGACCCAUCUGUCAGUUUGUCGACUUUCCGCAACUCUCAGUGCUACAGAGGAGCAUUGAAGCCUUCUGGCUUUUGCAAACUGCAAGAAGAGGACAAAGGACCACUCAAUGGAAACCCAACAGCUUCUCAAUACGCCCGAAUGUCUAAGAUGUCAGAGGAUUCGUUUGAUUGCUCCAGCACUUCUUCAGGCGAAUGCUACGAAAACAUAGGCAAUAUUCACCCUGAUGCUGGUAACUCAAAGUUAUACUCAAUUCCCCCCCUUCCACCCAAGCAAGCCCAAUUCCUGCAGAAUUUAGAUGAUGACGACUAUUCCCCUGUGAGCCCGGACUAAAACCUGAAAAUGAUGACCCUCAACACUCAAGAGCAAACCGAGGAGGCAGCUCCUCUUCACAGAAACUGCAGUGCGAUCAAACUCCUGAAAACUUGGAACGCUUCAGUUUACCUAACUUUUUUGUGUUAAGAUUAAACUUGAGCCAGGCAAAAACAAACUAAUGUGCUGAAUGUAAUUUGAACUACUGCAUUUUAUGGUUUGCAGCAAUAGAAAGCUGCAACAGUGAAAAGAAAAGAUCCUGUGAGGUCCAAACUCCUGAAAAUGUUUCUUCCACUAUAUUUUGUUAUAAUAUUAUUACUGUUCACGAAAACAGUUGUAGAGAAUCUGAGAAUUUGAGUGUUUAAAUGUGACGGGAUUAUGAGCAUCUUUUGCGCUUCAGUUCAAAAGGAACCAGAUUACUUUUGUGUGUAACAAAUAAGAUGGCUUGUCAUGCCAUCACAUUCUUCUGCUCUAAAAAUAUAACCUGCAUUGACUCACCCAAGCACUUGCUGGUUCUUGUUUUUAUAUUUCAUAGAAGCAUCCACGCUUUCGAUUCUCUGGUUUUUGGCUUUUUUUUUCAUCUUUUCUUCAGUCGCUCUGCAGGACAGCUAUCUGUUUUAGGAAUAUCUUGGUACAACUCUCCUCACGCAUGGAUUUCCGUCUUCUCGUCAGGAGCAGAACCAGAUUGUUGUGCAGAUUAGAAGUGAUAAACACUGUUUGAUGAGCUAUGAGAGCCUUGAAACAUUCAGAUAUUUACAUUUCUUCUCUGUCCAGACAUGAAGUUCUUCAAUAAAAGACGGAAUUAGUUAAGCUAAUUAAUUGUAGAUUAUGCCAUGUUUAUGUUUAGCCUUUUCGUGUUGUCCUCAUGUGUGUCCUUCAAAUCCUGUAGGCACGUUCCACAUCUUGUAAAUGCUUCUUAUUGGGAAAUGUACAACUGUCCUACUGAAAAAAACUUCACAGCAAUGCAUUUUAAAUCUGAUUAGCCUAUUUAUAAUGCAUAUUGGCUCAUGUAAACAUCGACAGCACUGAAAUUUCAGAAGAAACUGUUUUAGUGCCAAAAAUCAAAGUGUUAUGUAUUAUAAAGACUUUAAGCUCUAUUGCCUGAUUUAGAACUACUUUGAGUUCUAGAGUUCAACCAUCCACUUUAAAUUUCUGCAUUUGCUUCCUAUAAAAAUAUUUAAAAUAAAUUAAGUAGCUAAUACUUUGGUAAAUGUAUAACUAAAAUGUAUGUGUGACAGUGUUUUUAUAACAGUUUUUACAUAUAUGGUUAGAAAUUAUAAGAAAUUUGUUUGAGAAUUAAGUGUUACCAUGUGUUUCAAUGUGUAUUGUAGAUGUGUAUUUACCACAUCUUUUCCUGUGAAUUUACAGAAAGUCAAACUAUUGAAUUUAGAGAAAAGAAACUGUAAUUUUAAAUUUAAUUAAAAAUGUGUUUACUUCUUAAACAUUGCUGUUA